AUCCCCCACUUUCUUUCUUUCUUCUUCCCUUUCGCCUGACUCCAAACUCGAUCUACCCUUCCUUCCUUCCUUCCUUCAUUGCUUCUCCCGCCGGUCCCCGAUUGCAAAUUUACCGAUCACAUCCGGCGAUCUCUCAUCGCAGACAGAUAUUUUUUCGAUACGUUGAAUCCGUGCUUGCGAUUUUGAUUUUAUCUAAAGGGAACUGAAACUUGUUCAGAUCGUAGGUGAUCAGCGAUCAGAUUUUCUCACUCUUUGGAAAUGGCUGUCAGUGUUGCUUCUGCUCCGGGGAAGGUGUUGAUGACUGGAGGAUACCUCAUACUCGAGAGGCCAAACACAGGUCUUGUGUUGAGUACAAAUGCACGUUUCUACGCCAUUGUCAAGCCCAUCAAUGAAGAAGUCAAGCCUGAGAGUUGGGCCUGGAAAUGGACAGAUGUCAAAUUAACAUCACCACAGCUCUCAAGAGAAAGCAUGUAUAAACUCUCACUUAAUCAUUUGACUCUUCAGUCUGUGUCUGCAAGUGAUUCAAGAAACCCCUUUGUAGAGCAUGCUAUACAGUAUGCCAUCGCUGCUGCUCAUUUGGCAAGCGACAAGGACAAAGAAGCGUUGCACAAACUUUUCUUGCAAGGUCUUGAUAUCACAAUACUAGGCUCCAAUGACUUUUACUCCUACCGGAAUCAGAUAGAAUCGCUUGGGCUUCCAGUGACACCAGAAUCGCUGGGUACCCUUGCACCUUUUGCAUCAAUCACAUUCAACUCAGGAGAGUCAAAUGGUGCUAACUGCAAGCCUGAAGUUGCAAAAACUGGCUUAGGUUCUUCAGCUGCAAUGACAACAGCUGUUGUUGCAGCUCUAUUACAUUAUCUCGGAGUGGUUGACCUAUCCGAUCCAUGUAAAGAAGGAAAGUUUGGUUGUUCUGAUCUAGAUGUUAUCCAUAUGAUAGCACAAACAUCCCACUGUCUUGCACAAGGGAAGGUUGGAAGUGGGUUUGAUGUCAGCUGUGCGGUCUAUGGGAGUCAGCGUUAUGUCCGCUUCUCUCCGGAAGUCUUGUCAUUUGCUAAGGUUGCAGUUACGGGUUUACCAUUACAUGAAGUUAUUGGCGGAAUCUUGAAGGGAAAAUGGGACCAUGAAAGAACCGAGUUCUGUUUACCUCCACUGAUGAAUCUUUUCCUUGGAGAACCUGGAAGUGGUGGAUCCUCGUCACCAUCGAUGGUAAGUGCUGUAAAGAAGUGGCAAAUGUCUGAUCCAGAGAAAGCGCGAGAAAACUGGCAAAAGUUGUCUGAUGCGAAUUUGGAGCUGGAAACUAAGCUAAACAGUCUGAGCAAAUUAGCCAAAGACCACUGGGAUGUUUAUCUAGGAGUCAUCAAGUCUUGUAGUGUGCUUACUUCUGAAAAGUGGGUGCUACAUGCUAAUGAACCAAUCAACGAAGCGGUUAUUAGAGAACUCUUAGGAGCAAGAGAUGCUAUGUUGAGGAUUAGGAUUCUUAUGCGGCAGAUGGGUGAAGCUGCUGGUGUUCCAAUAGAACCUGAAUCUCAAACUCAACUUUUGGAUUCUACAAUGAAUGCGGAAGGGGUCCUACUUGCUGGUGUUCCUGGGGCUGGUGGGUUUGAUGCCAUAUUUGCAAUUACUCUAUGGGAUUCUGGAAGCAAACUGACCCAGGCAUGGAGUUCACACAAUGUUCUGGCGUUGUUGGUGAAAGAAGAUCCACACGGCGUUUGCCUAGAAAGUGGUGAUCCGCGCACCACAGGUAUUACUUCAGGCGUUUCAUCAAUUCAUAUUGAGUAAGCAACAUUGGUUCGCAGUGUCCAAUGAAUUAGGCUCAUCACCAAGGCUGGUUGAGUAUACUAUUUUGCAUAUAGACUUGGGUGAUAAGUGCAUCCUUUCACCCAUUUGUAAGUCUUUUGACUCUUUGGAAAAAACUAGCGGAAAGAAAAAACAAAUUAAGGAAUAAUUUAGAAUGUUCUUAUU